GAAUCCAGUAGAGGGGAGGGCGUCUCUAGGUAAAAAGUGAAAGGGUGGAGGGAUGUGAUGAGUAUAAAAGCUUUGCUGUAGGGAAUUAGGAAAUAUUUCACAGGAGUAAAUACUGCAAGAUAUUUCCAAAGCGUCUUCUAUCAUCCAGAUCACACACCUUUCUCUUGUGUCAGAAGCGACGAAGGUCCAACGUCCCCAAGAUGAGCAGCAUCCUUCAGUUCGUGGCCCUCUGUGCUGUGGUCUCCCUCUGUGUCUGCUACGAUUCUCAUGAAAGCAAUGAAUCGUUUGAAGAUUUAUUUGUGCCUCCGAAUCGAGCCAACUCCUUCCUCCCAGGCAACAGGCUGCCUCCAUCCCAAGGGAACCGCCCCAAUCAUCAUUUUAACUUCAGGAAAAGAAAGUCUCCAUCAGAGAUCCGUGCAGAGACCUGUGAGGACUACUCACCCUGCCGCUUCUACGCCUAUCGCUUUGGCUUCCAGCAGGCCUACCAGCGAUACUUCGGGGCCCGAAAUCCACGGCAGCAGGUCCACAGACCGGCUGUGACUCGUCGGUUUUAAACUGGAGUGUUUGAACGACACCUCCUUAACGCCUGUUCCUUCAUUUCACUUCUCUUACAGUGUAGUUUAAUUUAUGCCAUUGUGUCUUUUUUCAGUUUUGACAGUAGAGAGAGAGACCUGAAAAAUAUGAGACUCCAGUUCGGCUUAAAUUCUAUUAUAAUCCGUAUAGAUAAUUUCCUCUCAUUUAACAUAUAAUCUCAGUGUUAACUGCUAUACUCACGUCGUUUAUGACCUGGACAACAUAUGCCAGAAUGUUAUAAAAGCUUUUAUCUAUGCAGGCCAGAUCUGCUGUUGGUGAGGACUUUGUUUCUUUGAAAGAAGUAAAAAUAAAGCUUGUUUUAUACACA